AGAGAACUUAGAAGCCCAUUUAUUUGUAAAAGCCACUUGAGACACCUACAAAAGAGAGUAAGAGAGCCCAUAUAAACGUUGUAGCAACCCACGUUGAAUUCAGUUUUGAUCGGACCGCGAACGAGAAAUGUCGUUGGUACUCUGGCUGAUCGUGGUUAUUGUGUCUCUGGCUGUGUUUGCGGCACGACGACGUCAUGGAUAUUGGCAGGGGAGAGGUAUUCCCCACGAUGUGCCACACAAACUCUAUGGAAAUAUAAUGGAUUGGCCCAAUAAACGGCACAUCGCCAUGAUAUUCCGUGACUACUACUUUAAGUAUAAGGAUUCGGGUUAUCCGUUUGCUGGGUUUUUCUUCUUUUUCACGCGGACUGCUGUGGUCACUGACUUGGAAUUGGUGAAGAGAGUUAUGAUCAAGGACUUUAAUCACUUUGAGAACCGUGGAGUCUUCUACAAUGAGAUCGAUGAUCCACUUUCGGCUACUUUGUUCAGCAUUGAAGGGCAGAAAUGGCGUCAUUUGAGGCACAAGCUAACACCCACUUUUACCUCUGGCAAAAUGAAGAACAUGUUCCCGAUUGUUGUGAAAGUUGGAGAUGAAAUGGAGAAGCUUUUCAGGGAUAAAACUAGCUUAGGUGAAAGUCCAGUUCUGGAGGUUGUGGAUCUUGUGGCACGUUAUACAGCUGAUGUCAUCGGUAAUUGCGCCUUCGGUCUCAAUUGCAAUAGUUUACAUAAUCCCAAGGCGGAAUUUGUGACCAUUGGCAAACGGGCUAUAGUUGAACAUCGCUAUGGAAAUAUGCUGGAUAUAUUUCUCUUCGGUUUUCCAAAGUUAUCUCGCCGUUUACGCCUAAAACUAAAUAUCCAGGAGGCAGAGGACUUUUAUACCAAGAUUGUAAGAGAAACAAUUGACUAUCGACUGAAGACCAAGGAGAAGCGAAAUGACUUUAUGGAUAGUCUAAUCGAGAUGUAUAAGAAUGAGCAGUCAGGAAACUCGGAGGAUGGUCUUACUUUCAACGAGCUUUUGGCCCAGGCUUUUAUUUUCUUUGUGGCUGGAUUUGAGACUAGCUCUACGACCAUGGGAUUUGCUCUUUACGAACUAGCCCAGAACCAGGAUGUUCAGGAUAAACUCCGGGAGGAGAUAAAACAUGUUCUGGCCAAGCACAAUAAUGAGUUUACAUACGAGGGAAUCAAGGAAAUGAAGUAUCUGGAACAGGUUGUAAUGGAAACCCUUCGCAAGUUUCCAGUUCUGGCACAUCUCACAAGAAUGACUGAGACCGAUUUUUCACCGGAAGAUCCCAAAUACUUCAUUGCAAAGGGUACCAUUGUUGUGGUUCCAGCUUUGGGAAUUCACUACGAUCCGGAUAUCUACCCAGAACCCGAGAAGUUCAAGCCAGAACGUUUCACUGAAGAGGAAAUCGCUGCAAGACCUUCUUGCACUUGGUUGCCUUUUGGCGAAGGUCCUCGGAACUGCAUUGGUCUCCGUUUUGGACUGAUGCAGACCUGUGUGGGAUUGGCUUACCUGAUCAGAGGCUAUAAGUUCAGUGUUGCCCCAGAGACAGAAAUACCCCUGAAGAUUGCUGUGAAAAAUAUUCUAAUAUCCGCAGAGAAUGGAAUUCACCUUAAGGUCCAGAAUCUUUCCAGAUAGGUUUAUAAAAACUAGAUAUGUAGUCAAAUAAAAUGUAG